AUGUACGCACCACCUACAACCGCUUCGUACUCGGCAGCACCACCGCCUUCAUCAUCAUAUAAUAACAACAGCACCAACAGUAAUACCUCAUCAUACCCUAAUUCUUCAUACACCAAAAAUGGAAACUACGGGUCAAGUUCAUAUUCAUCAAGGUACGGUAGUAGUGGCAAUAGUGAUCGUGGAAACGAUCGAUCUUAUGAUGACCGCAGCCGUCGAGAGCGUAAAGACGACUAUGAUUAUUAUGAUGGGUACAAUAAUUCUACUAGAUAUGAUUCUCGCAACAGUUCAAAUUAUCGAGAUCGUAGUCCACCAUCAAACUAUGAACGAUAUGGGACGAGUACAAGUACUGCUGAUCGAAUGUCAUCACUGGGCGCUUCAUUAACUCGUCAAGAUUGGGAUAUUUCGAAACUCACUAAAUUCGAAAAGAACUUUUAUCGGGAACAUCCGAAUGUCGCAGCACGCUCUCUAACAGAAGUUGAGGAAUAUCGUCGGAAACAUGAAAUGAAGGUUUUCGGUCGUGAUAUACCUAAACCUGUGCAGACUUUUGAUGAAGCAAAUUUUCCUGCUUAUGUAUUAAAAGAGGUAUUAGAACUCGGCUUUACGGCGCCAACGCCUAUUCAGUCACAAGGUUGGCCGAUGGCCCUUUCUGGUAGAGAUGUGGUGGGUAUUGCUGAAACAGGUUCUGGUAAAACAUUAGCAUAUUGUUUGCCAGCUAUAGUACACAUAAAUGCUCAGCCAUUCCUUGAACCUGGUGAUGGGCCAAUUGUUUUGAUCCUGGCACCUACUCGUGAGCUUGCAGUUCAAAUUCAAAAUGAAUGCACAAAAUUUGGCAAAUCAUCAAAAAUCAAGAAUACGUGCGUCUAUGGCGGUGUUCCAAAAGGACCUCAAGCUCGUGAACUACAACAAGGCGCAGAAAUUUGUAUCGCAACUCCUGGACGACUUAUUGAUAUGUUAGAAUCAAGGCGCACAAACCUUCGUCGUGUCACUUAUCUUGUUCUUGACGAAGCAGAUCGUAUGCUGGAUAUGGGCUUCGAACCACAAAUACGAAAAAUUGUUGAUCAAAUUCGACCUGAUCGCCAAACACUUAUGUGGAGUGCUACGUGGCCUAAAGAGGUGAAACGACUUGCAGAAGACUACUUGCACGAUUUCAUUCAAGUCAACAUAGGUUCAAUGGAUUUAUCAGCAAGUCAUAAUAUUGCACAAACUGUCGAAGUCUGUUCUGAAUAUGAAAAACGUUCAAAAUUGGUGAAACAUCUUGAACGCAUAAUGGACGCGCGAGAUAAUAAGACACUGAUCUUCACUGGAACCAAACGUACAGCUGACGAAAUCACGAAAUAUUUACGACAAGAUGGAUGGCCAGCUCUGGCAAUUCACGGCGACAAAGCUCAGACAGAACGUGAUUGGGUAUUAUCGGAAUUCCGAACUGGAAAAUCGCCGAUUAUGGUGGCAACGGAUGUAGCAUCCCGCGGGAUUGAUGUUAAAGAUGUAAAGCUAGUUAUCAAUUAUGAUUUUCCGACCAAUGUCGAGGAUUAUGUACAUCGCAUUGGUCGAACAGGUCGUGGUGGCGCUAAAGGCGCUGCUAUAACUUUCUUCACAAUGGAGAACUCUAAGCAGGCUAAAGAUUUGGUUAAUAUUUUGCGAGAAGCAAAUCAAGAAAUUGACCCUAAAUUAAUAGAAUUAUCAAAAAUUGCCACCCCUUCAAGUAUAGAAAGAAGACAGAGGUACGGCAGUGGCCGUGGAUUCGGUAGCACUAGUACCAUGAGAGGAAGUAGCAGUCGAUGGUAA